GUCUACCUCUAGUAUCUUCCUAGUAAUAGUAUGAUCCAGCUAGGAACGAGACACCCCGCAGUGUGACAUCAUAAUCAUAUAGCAGAAAGUUGCUGAGCCGUCACCGAGGGAGACAAUAUUGACAAUCAACCGCGCGAUAUUGGUCAUAUCAGGGCCCACCGAGGAUCUCAUGUCUUCUGGAAGCCCGAGGGCGACAUCGGAUGGCAACGGGCCGCUAUUCCCCUUCCAGAUGACUGACUCGACUGAGAACCCCGCACGACUGACUCGACAUCCUGACUGAGGGACAGGCAACAACGAAUGAUGUCUCAUCGUUCUUCUAAUUACCCCUGCAGCUAUAUAAAUAAGAGCUUCCUGCUGACCUGAUAGUUUGUCACCCAUCGAAUCCUAUUUCUAAGAUCAAUCUCAGUCCAAAAUGACCAGCGCAGAAAGCGAACGCGCCGCAUAUCUUCUCGACGCUCAAAACAAAGCCGUCCAGUUAUUUGAAGAGAUCGGACGAAAUCUGAUCCGUCCCGGUGUCAGUGAAAAGGUCCUCAGUCAAGAGAUUCACGAACUCGGUGCGAAGCGCCAUGGGGUUCGGACGCACUGGCAUAAACGGGUUGUCCGCAGCGGACCCAACACCUUGAGUCCUUUCGCCGAAAACCCUCCGGAUCGCAUCAUCCAGCCGGACGACAUCCUCGUCAUCGACCUUGGGCCAGUAUUUGAGGAGUGGGAGGCGGAUUUUGGACGCACAUAUGUUCUGGGAGAUGACCCGGCGAAGAUUAAGUUGCGGGAUGCGCUGGAGCCCAUCUGGCAUGCUGUCAAGGGGCGCUUUCGCGAGAACCCGGAUAUGACUGCGGAGGAGUUGUAUGCCAUCUCCUGUGAGGCGGUCGAACAAGCGGGAUGGGAUUUUGGUGCUCCCAUCGCGGGUCAUCUGGUUGGGUCUUUUCCGCAUGAGAGGAUCCCGAAUGACAAGAUUAGUCUGUACAUUGCCAAGGGGAAUAAUGAGAAGAUGAUGGUUCCGGGGCGUGAUGGGCACAUACGGCAUUGGAUUUUGGAGAUUCAUAUCCAUGAUCGGGCUCGUGGAUUCGGUGGUUUCUGCGAGCAGUUAUUGACCGUUGAUUGAGCACCAGUAUCCAGGAUUGAGUGGCAGAUGAAGAGGAUAUAUAAUCUUGGUGCUCAUAUUAGUCUCUAAGCUUGGCUAUCUUAUCAGUAUAUUCAUUGCCAGAAUCCGAUACCUAGAGCAUGCAAAUGACGUGAUCUGACGAUGAAGCUGAACGGAGUCUGCUGCAACACAAGCGCAUCAUAUCCAUGAUUCAUUCUCCGAAUAAAC